AAAUAUUCUCUUCCUCUUUUUCUGUGUUGGAACAAACAAGGAUUUUACUGUUACACAAAAGCACAUUUAUGUUUUUUGAUCUUUUUACUAAAGCACGUGACUGCUAAUGAAAGGACUUGAUGUAAAACUACAACAUACAGGAAGCAGCCUCACAGCCUGAGGGUGCAAACUGGGAAAACCCCUGUUCCAAAAAAAUGUUUUAUCACAACCUAUAUUCAAAGAUAGAAAUAGAAGUCAAAAUGUUUUUUUGGGGAGGGAAAACUGUUUAUGUGUGGUUGAAAGCUGACACUUUAUGGGCUGUGGGUUUGGUGAGCAGCGAGGGUGAGGAGAUAGAAAGCUGAGCGCCGGUGCCUACCUUCACUACUGAGGUGCACAUCCUUCUGCACUGCUGAUCGACCAGACGGGGAAUUCAACACGUAGUUCUGCAGUAACUUCUGGUGAAAAUGAACAUCCUGCAAGUCCUUGGUGUCCUACAGCUGCUGGCUGUACCUGCUCUCACUCUGAUACGGCCUUCCCAUGACUACUGGGGAGAGUUUGGAGCCUAUGGGCCGUGCAGCCGCACCUGCGGCACAGGAGUGGCAAUGAGAACCAGGAAUUGUAUCACUUCGAGGACAGAUGGCGGACAUAACUGCAUAGGAUCGUCUAAGUCCUUCCGAACCUGUAACACACAGGAAUGUCCUGUUGGAUCCAGGGACUUCAGGGAGGAGCAGUGCUCCAAGUUCGACAGGUCGGACUUCCAGAGCAAACGCCAGACAUGGCUGCCUUAUUAUGGAGCAUCCAAUCCAUGUGAGCUGAGCUGUGUCCCAAGAGGAGAGGACUUCUUCUACCGACACAGGCCUGCAGUGGUGGAUGGGACACGAUGCUAUGUGGGCCGCACUGAUAUCUGUGUGGACGGCAUCUGCAGGAUUCUGGUCCACGGAGAGUUUAUGGGCUUGGAUGACGACACUAAUUCCGUACACUCUGCUGCUCCUGUUGCUCCUCACCCAAGGGAGACGCUGACAUACAUUUACAAAUUCGGUGUCUAUGACCAGUGCUCUGCCUCCUGCAAUGGAGGCAUGCAGUAUCGCAGCGUGGAGUGUUGGGUUCAGGACACAGUGAACCCCCAUGUGGUGGAAGAGUCUUACUGCAUUACCCAGCGCCUGCAGAGGCCACAGAGCCAGCAGGCCUGCAACAUGCAUCCGUGUGCUGCUGAGUACAGCGUCUCCAGCUUCAGUGUGUGCUCUGUGACUUGUGGAGAAGGCCAGCAGAAGAGGGAGGUGACCUGUGUGGGGUCGGGAAGUGAACGUCUGUCUGACCAAGCCUGUAGCGGACUGGCAAGACCUCCUUCUGUCCAGGCCUGCCGCAGACCUGCCUGUCACACACACAUCACCUGGCAUGUGACUGACUACGGACUGUGCACCAGGAGCUGCGGUGGCGGAGUGAGGGAGAGGAGAGUGGCCUGUUUUGAUAUAGAUCUGAACCCCUACCCAGAGGCCCGGUGUGGUGCGGCGAGCAGACCCGCCUCUGUGGAGACAUGCAACUCACAGACGUGCCUCACGCCACAAAUGGUCCCAAGUGUACAGGACCCAAGGGCACACGAAAGCACCACGAGAGGAUUCGUGCCCCAUGUUCCAGAAGACCCUUCAGCUUCCAGACCACAUUCAAACAUUGCCUACCCUCCUGUGGCUGGUCCUCAAUGUGCACUGUCACACUACGGCUGCUGUCCUGACGGCCACACCUCUGCCACGGGGCCCAGGAACGAGGGCUGCUCCAGAGAUGACUGUGUUCGCUCCAGGUAUGGCUGUUGUUUGGAUGAGGUGACUUCAGCUCAAGGAUUUGGAAGGGCUGGAUGUCCUGAGUACCUGACAGCUGUGCAACAUACACCACCUGCUCCUGCACCUCCAUCCACUGGAAAUGUGUGCUCCAUGCCUCGUGAUGAGGGCUCCUGCGAUACUUGGAAGGUCCGCUUCUUCUACGACUCUGGUACUGGCAAAUGUACUGAGUUCUGGUAUGGAAGCUGCCAGGGCAAUGCUAAUAACUUUCUGUCCUUGGAAGCAUGUCAGAGAGAGUGCGGGGGUGUUGUGAUGAGGGAAACCCCACCUCCAUCUCGCAGAGGGACCCCAAGGAGAGGGACACCCAGCGGUGCUUUGAGGGCGAUGGCGUAACCAUGAUGCUCAACACUAAUACCUCCAAAUCAGUGCCGUCUCCAUGACACUAAUCAUAUGAUCUUUGUACACACGUAGUAUUUACAUAUAUGACACACACAAACAUGUAUUGUAAAACUUACCACAUCCUACCUUUCAUUUAAACAUCAGACUUUAGAAAUGAACUAAAUAGUCUCACAUUAUAUCUGACACAAUCCCAGCUCAUAGUUCUAAUUGUGUUGUCUGUUUGUAUUUUGUUUAUGAUGCUCAGUAUAUUCACUUAUAUAUUUUGCCCUUUAGAUCAUAUACAAUAAAAUAAUGCCAAUGUGAUUACCCAAGUUAAAUUAUAAACCUAAUCAAUAAAUGUUCAGC